AUGUGCAGGUAUAUCGGCCUUAUUCUGGCCAUUACAUCAACAAUGGCUAUCGGUACUAGUUUUGUCAUUACGAAAAAGGGCUUGAUGCAGGCAUCCGAGAGGCAUGGAUUUGAAGGAGAAGGUUUCUCAUAUCUCAAAAGUCCCAUUUGGUGGGGUGGUGUGGUUACAUUGGCUGUUGGAGAGAUCGCCAAUUUCGCCGCAUACGCCUUCGCACCCGCCAUUUUGGUCACGCCAUUAGGUGCGCUAAGUGUCUUGAUCGGUGCCGUUCUGGGCUCAUAUUUUCUCAAGGAAAGACUGGGGGUUCUGGGGAAGCUCGGAUGUGCCAUGUGUCUGCUGGGCUCGGUUGUGAUCGUCCUUCACGCGCCCCCGGACAAGCCAGUGGAAAGAAUUGAUGAGAUCUUGGGCUACGCGCUACAGCCAGGAUUCUUAAUCUACUGUCUUGCAGUUGCGAUAUUCUCUACAGUCAUGAUUUACCGCGUCGCUCCCGUAUACGGCAAAAGAAACCCUCUGAUUUAUAUCUCGAUCUGCUCCACAGUCGGCUCCGUAUCUGUCAUGUCUAUUAAGGCAUUUGGUAUCGCGGUGAAGCUUACCUUGGGAGGUAACAAUCAGUUCACGCAGGCUUCGACCUAUGUUUUUAUGAUCGUCACGGGAUUCUGCAUUUUGACGCAGAUGAAUUACAUCAACAAGGCCUUGAACCAAUUUUCUACAUCGAUUGUCAACCCUCUCUACUAUGUCACAUUCACAACUGCGACUUUGUGCGCCUCUUUCAUUCUUUUCAAGGGGUUCAACACGACCGAUGCUGUUAACACGAUUUCAUUGCUGUGUGGAUUCUUGAUUAUUUUCUCCGGUGUAUAUCUCUUGAAUCUAUCCCGGCAUGACCCGGAUGGGCGACAAAUGCUCAACUCGAAGCUCGACGAUGAAGGGAUUCCCACGGACGGAAUUGCCGGUUUUCACACUCGGCGUUCGAUGCAAUCCCGUCGCAGCAACGAGCCUCACCGUCGGAGCUCCUCGGGCGCUUAUAUGAACGGCCACGGAGACCGUGAAGGGCUCAUGCGCGCCUACGAUGUCGAGAACCAGGCAUUCGGGCUCUCCGACUUGGCCGGAGACAGCGACGGAGAGCCCGGUCCUACGUAUAAGCGAAGUGAAGAGGUAGAUCGCUCUUCUCAACAGCCCAACAAGAAUGCCGUCCUAUAG